AUGCAGUGCGUUGUCCUCACGUGGCCGCCCCUGCCGGCGAGGCCGCAGGUCCUUUACGAGCGCUCCGUCGCGCGGCGCUUACGCAAGCCGUCAGGGGCGGUGCCGGACAGGGACGGUGCUUACGUCAGCCCUGCGGGCGGAAGUGGGCUGUGCAACGCUGCGGCGUACCUCUCCGGGAGUCUGUGUGUGGCCUUUUAUGCUGCGGCGCCCACUGGCGGGGCUGGCGGCGGCCGCCCUGGGCCGCGCCCCGUCGGACGAAUGCCACAGGACUGCCUGCAACACCCAGUUCACUUAUACCCUGGUUGGGGCCACACCUGUGACAGGGAUGUCAGGACCAAGGCCUGUUGUCCUGAGUGGACCUUCUGGGGCUGGGAAGAGCACCCUGCUCAAGAGACUUCUGCAGGAACAUGGCAGCAUCUUCGGGUUCAGCGUGUCCCACACCACGAGGGACCCGAGGCCCGGAGAAGAGAAUGGCAAAGGGAGGUGAUGCAGCGGGACAUUGCCGCCGGGGACUUCAUUGAGCACGCUGAGUUUUCGGGGAACCUUUAUGGGACUAGCAAAGCAGCUGUGCGAGUGGUACAGGCCAUGAACCGAAUCUGUGUGCUGGAUGUGGACCUCCAGGGUGUUCGGAACAUAAAGAAGACUGACCUGAAGCCCAUCUACAUCUUUGUGCAGCCACCCUCGCUGGAAGUCCUGGAGCAGAGGUUGCGGCAACGGAACACAGAGACGGAAGAGAGCCUGGCCAAGCGGCUGGCCGCUGCCCGGGCAGACAUGGAAAGCAGCAAGGAGCCCGGCCUGUUUGACCUGAUCAUUGUCAACGACAGCCUGGACAAGGCCUACUGGGCCCUGAAGGAAGCACUCUCAGAGGAAAUCAAGAAGGCCCAAGGGACUGGCCGCUCUUGAGGAUACCAACGGCUGUGUCUUCCCUGGAUAGGACCCUGUACCCACUCUGGUGGCCAGGGUGUCCCUGGCAAGAUGGCUCUGCCUGCCUCUCUCGCCUUGCUCCCCAUGCCUAUUUCUGGGUGCCCCCGAUGAGUCCCACUCUCCUGUGGGAGUUGGGCUGGUGUCCUAAUAAAGAGCUGCUGGUGAGAGUGGCCUUGAGCCCAUG